AUGGUAAUGUAGGAGCCAUUUUGGCCUAUUUAUGUGGUAAUUACAUCUGCAUGUAUUCUCUCCAGACUGCUGUGAUUCCAUACUUCCUGGUCACCUGUGUGCCUAUACAUGUGACUCAUGACCCAAAUCGAUAUAGUGCCCUCUAGUGUACACAUUAAGUGAAAUAAAGAUAGACAAACUAUAUCCACAACACAACAACCACAUAAGUAAGCCAAAAUUGCUCCUAUAUGUAAAGUAAUAUGACAUGUAUUUGACAACAUAAUAUCCUACAGCUAACUAUAACAUAACUUGAUCUCCCAUCCUUUCCAACAUCACCCCAGGUCCAUGAUGAGGCUCAGUUCCUGGAGAGGCUGGGCUGCGGGGACAUGCAGGGCGUCAAGGUCCUCUCCAUCUUUGGCAACACGGGCGACGGCAAGUCCCACACCCUCAACCAUAUCCUGUUUGGCGGGGAUAUCGUAUUCUACACCUCCAAGUCCCCCAGCUCCUGCACAGUGGGCGUGUGGGCCGCCUUUGACCCCGGGCUGGGCCUGGUGGCUCUGGACACAGAGGGCCUGCUGGGGGCUGCGGCCAACCAGAACCAGCGCAUGCGUCUGCUGCUGAAGGUGCUGGCCGUAUCGGACGUGGUGGUGUACCGCACGCGGGCCGAGAGGCUGCACAACGACAUGUUCCAGUUCCUAAGCAGCGCCUCAGGGGCCUACCUGAAGCACUUCACCCCUGAGCUGCGCGCCCUCUCCAGCCGCUGUGGCAUGGACGUGCCCCUCUCCUCCCUGGGGCCGGCGGUCAUCGUGUUCCAGGAGACCACCCACACCCAGCUACUGGGCCAUGGUAUGUACAGGAGAGGCCCAGUCACUAACAUGCACCACAUGCAAUCAUAUACAGUUGAAGUCGGAAGUUUACAUACACCUUAGCCAAAUACAUUUAAACUCAGUUUUUCACAAUUCCUGACAUUUCAUCCUAGUAAAAAUUCCCUGUCUUACGUCAGUUAGGAUCACCACUUUAUUUUAAGAAUGUGAAAUUUCAGAAUAAUAGUAGAGAGAAUGAUUUAGUUCAGCUUUGUUUAUUUCAACACAUUCCCAGUGGGUCAGAAGUUUACAUACACUCAAUUAGUAUUUGGUAGCAUUGCCUUUAAAUUGUUUAACUUGGGUCAAACGUUUCGGGUAGCCUUCCACAAGCUUCCCACAAUAAGUUGGGUGAAUUUUGGCCCAUUCCUCCUGACAGAGCUGGUGUAACUGAGUCAGGUUUGUAGGCCUCCUUGCUCGCACACGCAUUUUCAGUUCUGCCCACACAUUUUCUAUAGGAUUAAGGUCAGGGCUUCGUGAUGGCCGCUCCAAUACCUUGACUUUGUUGUCCUUAAGCCAUUUUGCCACAACUUUUGGAAGACCCAUUUUCGACCAAGCUUUAACUUCCUGACUGAUGUCUUGAGAUGUUGCUUCAAUAUAUCCACAUAAUUUUCCUUCCUCAUGAUGCCAUCUAUUUUGUGAAGUGCACCAGUCCCUCCUGCAGCAAAGCACCCCCACAGCAUGAUGCUGCCACCCCCAUGCUUCACGGUUGGGAUGGUGUUCUUCAGCUUGCAAACAUUCCCUUUUUCCUCCAAACAUAACGAUGGUCAUUAUGGCCAAACAGUUCUAUUUUUGUUUCGUCAGACCAGAGGCGUUUGGAAAUUGCUCCCAAGGAUGAACCAGACUUGUGGAGGUCUACAAUCUUUUUUUCUGAGGUCUUGGCUGAUUUCUUUUGAUUUUCCCAUUUUGUCAAUCAAAGAGGCACUGAGUUUGAAGGUAGGCCUUGAAAUACAUCCACAGGUACACCUCCAAUUGACUCAAAUGAUGUCAAUUAGCCUAUCAGAAGCUUCUAAAGCCAUGACAUCAUUUUCUGGAAUUUUCCAAGCUGUUUAAAGGCACAGUCAACUUAGUGUAUGUAAACUUCUGACCCACUGGAAUUGUGAUACAGUGAAAUAAUCUGUCUGUAAACAAUUGUUGGAAAAAUUACUUGUGUCAUGCACAAAGUAGAUGUCCUAACCGGCUUGCCAAAACUAUAGUUUGUUAACAAGACAUUUGUGGAGUGGUAAAAAAACGAGUUUUAAUGACUCCAACCUAACUUCCGACUUCAACUGUAUUUCUAUGCAUGCAUUACACAACAAUUUGCUUAUGAGCUGUGUUAGACAACACGUUGGGGAAUGCUGUCAUGUUGUUGUUGUUGUUGUUGCAGACUCAUUUGCCCAAAGUAAUUGCACCUUGGGGAUCAAUAAAAAAAUUGUUUUUAUUGAAUUGAACAACAACACACUAACAUAUUAUGUAAGGUCAGAAUCACAUCCAACCAUCACACUGGCUUAGACACACCCACAGAUACAGGUUUACCAACUACUACAGUCACACCCACACAUGCUACACUAUUUACACAACAGUCAGGUGUUUGUGGGAACUCAACCCAUGAUGUUGUCCUACUUUGUCCCCACAGAGCGAACAGAUGUCCCUGGCUAUGCAGACACUCAGCUCCAGAGGCGCUUCCAUGACCUGGGCCUGGGUACAGAGGCCUUCAGCUCAGUGCAGUACGUGGGCACACAGACUAUCACUCCUCCGACCAACUACUCUCUGCUCCUGGAGGCUGUACGCCAGCAAGUCAGGAACACUGCCACACGAUCGCCCCGCCAACCGGCCAUCGUCUUUAGCGCUCUGCAGGUCUUUGUGUGUUGCGAUCUCGUUGCAUUGUUGCAUAAUUCAUUUGUUUGAUAGACGGGUAAUGCCGGUACUAGCGAAUGUUAAUGGGAAUUGGGUGCUUGUCUGGGUAAAUAGGCCUUUCCAAAACCAAUGAAUGUUUGUUUGUUUUGACCUCAUGACCCUGCUUGGCUCCUCCCCUUCCACCCCUUGGUCUCCUCAUCUCUCUCCUUCUCCCCUCCUCUCCAGGCCCUUAGUGACAGGUUCUGUGGGGAGAUCUUAGAUGACAAAAUCCCCCUCUACUCCUUCUUCCCUGACGAAUACUUCACCUGCUCUUCAGUCUGCCUCAGCUGCAAGUAAGUGACUUACCUGCAUCUGCUGCAUGCGUCUGCUCAAAGUAACUCUAUCACAUGAAUCAAAACAAAAUGGGGAGGGAUUAACCUGAAUUUGUCCAAAAGAAGCUCUCGUUUUCGUUGCAAACCAUUUUCCAUUGCAAAAUGUUUUGCUACAGUGUGCACUAGUGAAUGGUGUAUUCACCUGCUGCACGUGACCAGGUAGUGCUAGGAUAUGUGUCCCUCCCAGAUGGGUUGCCGCAAAGGAAGCAUAAAAGUCUGUUUGUCCUAUGUAAAUCAUACCUCUCUAUGGGUUUUCAUUCUGUACAGUACAGUGUCUUCUUUGACUUGGGAAAUUUGAGCUAGAUUAGAAACAGAAUAUUUUCCCUUAACACAUUGGUGUUCAUAUCCAGAAAUAGGCAUUGGUUUAACAGGCUCUCACUGCUUGAGUAUAAAGCCUUGUUUGUCCCCGUUAUAAAUGUGUUAUGGUGCACGUCUAACAUCUUAAGCCGCUAGGAGAAAAGGAGCAAUGCCUUUUGGCCAUCCACCAAAAUGGCAGGUAAUCAAUCAAUCAGAGAUAGUCAGCCCAAUAGUUACUGUACACCUUCACAUUUUACACAAGUAACUUGGAUGUUAGGUAUGUGAUGGAUGGAUUCAGCCAUCCUUCUGAUUUUUAUAGGAGUUUUCCUUGUUUUCUUCCCCUCAGUAUCCGCUGUAAGAACGGGAUGAACCAUCUAAGAGACAGGGUCCCUCACCUGGCAGACGGACUGUGUCAGUACGCUCACCAGUACAACAACAAGGUCCUCAUCUGCAAGGUAAGCCAUUUCACAUAUGGUCUAUGUCUGUGAUGGGACAUAAGAGAGAAAGUUGAAAGCAAUAAUGACUUAUUAAUGUGAUCUGAAAAGAAAAUGGACAAUAAAGUAUUCUUCUAUAUACGAUAUAGGAUUUAAAUCCUGUGGAGAUGGUGUUGAACAAUUUGAAGUACAAGCAAAUGCAUGAACCAAGGGUAUGAAGCUAGCCUUAAUCAUAUUUUGUGUACUCUCUCCCUGAUCUGGUCCUACCCACACAGAGGUGUUAUGAGGGGGGCAGGGAGGUUAUUGUCAUUCCUAAAACCUCAGCCUCCACAGACAACCCCUGGUUUGGGCUGGCAAAGUACGCCUGGUCUGGGUGAGUUGCUGAUGUAAUCUGGACUCUUUGCAGACACUGAGACACACACACAACACACACAUUUACUUUUUGAUGGUAUAAAGAUGUCCCUUUCAACCAGGCCCUUCGAAUCCAUUCAAUAAAGUACCACUCAUACACAGAUACACACAUCCAAACAUAGAAUCCACUCUGCCAUCUAAGCUAAUGCACUAUAUAUUUCCUCCCCAUCUCAUCCUUUCCCCCACCACCCUCUCGAUGGUGCCCCUGUCCUGCCAGGUAUGUCCUGGAGUGUGGCAGCUGUGGCAUCAUCUACCGCAGCCGGCAGUACUGGCUGGGCAACCAGGACCCAGAGAGCGGCGUGGUGCGGCCCGAGGUCAAACACGUCUGGGAGGGGGUGAGCUGAGCCUCUCAGUCCUACACACCCUCACUGUACUGACAGGCACAACAUACAAACAGUCACUCAAGCUCAAUUGAAGUAUCAGUGAGAAUAUUUUAGAGGCAUUUGCGACAGAACAGGUUGGAAUAUAUAUACAAAGUCUCUGGCAUAUAUUUAACUUUCAAAGUAUGUCAGCUAUCAAAGGUUAAUAAAGAUAAUGUUACUUGCACUGGCAACGUCAACACUGCACACUGUACUUCAAUGUGUCAUGGUCAUCAUCAAUUAUGAAUGGAUGAAUACACACUGCCAACAUAGAUAUCAAAUACAUUCAAAGAUGGCCUCCCUCUCCUCUGACCGUUGCUCUCUCUGUCUCUGUGUGUCCAGUCUGAGGCCUUCCUGACAGACCACCAGAAUGCGGCCCAGAGGGUGCUGGAUGGGAUGAACUUUGUGAUCCAGUCUGUGUCGGAGUACAGCACGGGCCCCACCAAGGCUGUCACCUCCUGGCUCACUGACCAGGUGGCCCCACCCUACUGGAGACCCAACACGGACAUCACCGUGAGUCAUCACUCUCACAGCAUCAGAGAGUCUAGCAUCAUCAUCGACCAGCAACAUGGCACCUAGACCAGCAACACACACACAGGCUUUAUGAACAGAUAGCACAGCCUAAGAAUAGCUGUUUUUAUUGAGGCGAUAGACCCAGUGCCCAAAUACCGAAAGGAUGCAGCAUUAGUUCUAAACCCAAUAUAUCAUCAUUAUAGUGAGUAAAACCAACAAUUGGCUGUUGUAAUUCUCAAAUGUGGCACUGAACAGAGUUGUUUGUGUGGUAUGAUAUGGUUGUGAGUGUAUAGUAUAGUUUUGACUACUGACUCUUGACAUUAUAAUCCAUUAUUGUGCUGUGUCCCUGUCCCCCAGGCGUGUCACUGCUGUAAGAAGCCCUUUGAGGAGGCGGAGAGGAAGCACCACUGUCGUUCGUGUGGUGAGGGCUUCUGCCAGGUCUGCUCCACCCGCAGGAUGCCCGUGCCCGAGAGGGGCUGGGGCAGCACUCCCGUCCGGGUCUGUGACGCCUGCCACCGCCAGGGAGGGACUGACACCACCAACCAGGGUCAGCUAAUGUUACCUCCACCAAAGUCUGAUUUAGGAUCAGUGUUGGGUCAUGGAUGUUAAUGUAAAAGCUAAUGUUACCUCUCCAAAGUCUGUUUUAGGAUCAGUGUUGGGUCAUGGAUGUUAAUGUAAAAGCUGAUGUUACCUCCUACUUAGUCUGAUUCAGGAUCAGAUUUUAGGCAACAUUUUUUUUGUAAUAAUACAUUUGACUUACCAACUUACUUUACAUACUCACUUGGACCCAUUGGGCUCUGGCCAAAAGUAGUACACUAACAAAGGGGAUAGGGUGCCAUUUGGGAGGCAACGAGGUGUUUGAUGUGAAUAGUAAGUGUUCAUUCAUGUCUCCCUCGAGAAAGAGACGACUCAUCUCAAGGGACUUCCUGGUUAAAUAGAGGUUAAAAGAACGUGGUCCAGUGAUCCUGAUGGCUCUGUUGGUCCCUCUCUGUGUCCUGUAGUGGCUGUGGUGGAGCCGCGGGGGCUGAUGGCCCGCAGGGUGACAGAGGUGGCCCAAUCUACUCUAGACAUGGUCACCACUGCAGUGGACUACCCUCUGUGUGAGUACAGCUUGUGUCAUGUUGGAGCGUCGUGUUUGAGAAACACAUCACAGAAACACUUGGAAAAAACUUCACACCAGGAACCAUUGACAUUUUACAGUAUAUGCAGACAGAAAUCCACAAGAUACAGCAUUUAAUAUGAUAUUAUAUUCGGCUCUGACUGCCAAAGGCAACUACUGUAUAAACAAAGCUAUUUAUUUCUCUCUCCUCCAUGUUCCAGGCUUUGUGAAGGGAGUGGCCCGGCCUGACUACUGGAUCCCUGACCCCCAGAUCGUGCAGUGCCACCAGUGCAGCAAAGCCUUCACCCCCAGUAUGUCCAAGCACCACUGCCGGGCGUGUGGCCAGGGUGUCUGCAGCAGUUGCUCCUCCAAGAGCCGCCCCGUGCCCUCCCGUGGCUGGGACCACCCUGUCCGCGUCUGUGACGGCUGCGCCAGCCGCAAGGGCAGACUGUGAGGCAAGGGCAGAGACCAGGGACACUGCUGCUAGGCAUCUGAAAUCUAGUCCAGAUGCCACGGCACACUACAUGUUGCUUAUCUUUGUCUCCCUGUGCACUAUGACCCACUGACCUUCAAGAGAAAAAUACCCAAUCCAGGUGACCCCUGCCCUAUGGGGAAGGUACUCGAGUGAUGUCCUGAAGUAGCACUCUAAACAUGGGACUGACUCAUCUGAUAUCGACUGCCUAAAACCAAGAACUGAACUAGCGGGACAAGAACUGGACUUCUGAAAAUUGGAAAGCCGAGACAGUUGUAAAAAGCCCCCAACUGAGAAAGCCCCCACCCCUCCCCCCAACCCAAACAACCCACUGUCUGCACUGAAAUACAUUAGCC